AUGUCUAUUCAAUAUUUCGUUUUGGUAUUAUUAUUAUUAUCAACUAUUUUAUCAGUGAAUGCUGAACCUCUGGCUUAUGUUGCAUGUACUGCUGCUUGUUUAUCAGGAUGUUCAGUCGGAACGGUGGUGGCAGACGCUCCAUUAUGUUUUCCACCAUGUCAAGCACUUUGUUUACCACUAUUAGCUGCUUCAACACCUUAA